UCUCACCUGUUCCUGAGCACCUUGUUCAGCUUCUCUUCUGGCUUCUCCCUGGCUUCCCCCAGCUUCUCCCUCAGGAAGGUAACGGAAACUAUCGGUCCAUUAUCGCUGUCGUUCCAAUUACAAUCACUUGGAUCACAUAUAUAUAUACAUGUAGCCAAUAGCAGCCAAUAGUGAGCCUGCGAGAAGUUGGACGAUUGUCGAGAAAAGUCGCCCGAGUAGAAAAAUGUUCAAGGCAUCUGAAUAAAAAGAAGAACGUCUCGAGACGUCUUGUCAUUGAUUGCGUUACGCUCUACCAGCAUCUCACGUGCAUUUUCUCAAAGUUGACUUGGUUCAAAGUCCCCAAACCAAUAAUAUGGCUGAAUCCCAAUUUGCCCUUCCUUCACCACCUUUUGAUAGCAUCUCUAAAGUCCAAUAUUCCCCCACAAAUCCAAAUCAGUUGCUCGUUUCUUCAUGGGAUACGACUGUCAAACUCUACGACGUCGGCGAUGACGCUUCAGGCAGCAAAACUAGCGAACAAAAAUGCAAGUUUGAUCAUCGAGCUGCUGUUUUAGCUUGUUGUUUCUCGGAUGCUGAGCAUGGAUUUAGUGGCGGGCUGGAUACUACGGUUCGAUAUCUCGACUUCGGAAGCGAAAAGACCAAUGUCGUAGGAUCGCAUUCUGAUGCCGUGUCGAGUAUGGUAUAUGCCAAAGACCUUAAUGCCCUGAUUUCAGCUUCCUGGGACCGUACGAUACGAAUAUUCGACCCACGAGCGCCAACGCCUGAACAAUCUUCCCAUGAAAAUCCCGAGCGAAUAUACCACAUUGACCUAGUCAAUAACACCCUCGUAGUCGCGAUGGCAAGCCGUCUUUUCCAUAUAUAUGAUAUCCGAAACAUGCAGGAGCCAUCGCAACGGAGAGAAAGUAGCUUGAAGUAUAUGACGAGGUCGUUGGCGUGUAUGGUUAACGGUGAAGGCUACGCGACUGCAUCUGUAGAGGGACGAAUCGCUGUCGAAUAUUUCGAUCCAUCACCGGAAGCACAAGAAAAGAAAUAUGCUUUCAAAUGUCAUCGCCAGACUAUUGACGGUGUGGAUCACGUUUGGCCUGUCAACGCUCUUGCUUUCCAUCCGAUUUACAACACGUUCGCAUCUGCUGGCUCGGAUGGGACUGUUUCUGUAUGGGACCACAAAAUCAAGAAACGCUUGCGUCAAUAUCAUAAAUUCAACAAUCCAGUAUCCAGUGUUGCGUUCAAUUGUGAUGGCACGAAACUUGCCAUCGCGUCAUGUUACACCUGGGACGAAGGAGAACAAGGUGCACGAGUGGAGCGAGAGAGGCCUCAAGUUUGGAUCAAGACAGUGGGGCCGGAAGUCAAACCGAAAGACUGGCAAGCGUAAAACGCACACCGCCGUGAUCAGAGUUUCCCCUCCUUUAUGGUGAAACUGGAAAACUUUAUCUUUCCAUUUUCCCUGGCAUUUCACCUUCGAUAUCGGCGAUGUGAUAGGCUUUGUGUGUUGUGCGAUCUGUAGCAUACUCAUCUGCACUACAAUGUCUCUCAUUUUCUUCUUUCUCUUGAAUUUUAACAUUGAGCAGUACCUAAAAGCACGCCCUCCUUUCAUGUGGAUUGUGAUUUUUUACCUCGUGGGACCUCGUCUUUGAGGAUAUAUCUAGCUACAUCUGCGAAAUAUAUCCGCGCGCGUUGGAAUUAGGCGCAAACAUAUUGACAAUCGGCUGAUAAGUGCCAUAGCUUUUUCAAUCAGUGGGCCGUCAACACCGGAUUCAUGACCUUCUGCGUAUAACCUCCGACUCAGAAGCAUCGGGAAAUCGAAAUAUAGAGG